ACGGGCGUUUCUCGUUCUACAUUAAAAGGGUUUGACAGGAUGCCAGGUUUAGUUAAUGGUUCAGUUGUGGACGACCAUGACCAAGGCAUAACUGAAGCUCUGGAGCAGUUCUGCAACUUCACAGAGCAAACAUAUGAGCAGUUCCUGUUCACCUUUACGUACCUGACCCCAGAGAAUGUGAGGGAUCCACAAUUGACUGCUCCUAGAGGACAUGGAGACACAUCCCAGAGAGAGAUGGACAGCAGCCAAAAGCAACAAAGAGAGGAUGAAGUGACAAAGAUGGAGGAGAGCGUAUACAGAAGGAUGGGACAGACAAAUCGCUGCUCACCGACUGCUGAUCAGGAAGAGGUCAUGUUGGAUGGCGGUUGUGUUGGAGGAAGACUGAGCGGCCCAUCAAGAUCUGCUCCAGACAGACCUGUGAAGGCACAUGUACACUGCCAGACCAGAAGACACACACUCCCUGUGCAGCUGAGAAUCAGGGUUGGCAGUCACCUUGCCAAGGCCCAGUUAGGCAGCGUUGGCCUGGCCGCCUUCAUGCGGCCGCCUUCCACAGUUGGAAAGAGAGCGACAUGGGGGCUCAGCACCUCCGUGAGCUGGGAUUUGGUGCCGGAUCAGUCCUCGUGA